AUGGACAGGGCGGUCUGGACUGACACAGAGACUGAUCAACUAGUCCAAUACCUAUUCAACAAUUGGGCCCAGGUCUGUGACACCGGUAACUUCAAGGAUGUAUCAUACAAUGGUGCUGCAGAGGCCAUUGCUCCAUACCUGCAGAAUGGUCCGAUGAAGACUGGGGAGAUGUGCAAGACAAAAUGGGGAUCAUUAAAACAGACCUAUAACGCUAUUCAGAAAUACCGCCAGCAGUCCGGUGUCCACUGGGACAAUGAUUUAGGAGCUAAUAUUCAGGGGGAGGGUGCAGGGGCAGUGUGGCAUGAAUAUAUUUCGAAGAAGGUAAGUCAGGUUCACCGCUAUAUCAUGCUGGCGGUAGUCUCACUGUUUUAUCAUAGGGAAAUUUGCCCAUGCGCCCUUUUCGUGUGUCAGGAUGGAGAUACUACGAGCAAAUGGACGGUAUAA